CUUCAAUUUGGAUAAGAAUGUCUAGCUGUCUAGUGUGCUUUCCUUCACCUCUAAAUAAUUUGGUUAUUCAUGAAUCUGAAUCUAAUGUUGACAAGCGUAGUGUUAGAGACCAAUAAUAAACACAAGAGUCGAGAAUUACAAAGACAAAGGCGGGAAGAGACAUGAUCUGGGGAAUCCGUAAGCACAAAUUCAUAGUCAGGCUCGAAAACUAGUUCCAUUAUUACAACAAUGGCCUCUCUUAGGCCUUCUUCAGUCAAAGGGGACCCCAUUCAGUUCUCACCCUUUUCAGCCAUCACCAAUUCGUUCACGGGCUUCCACAGAAAUUGGCUUGGUUUGAGAACAGAGAAGCUGGGGAGAGUUGACAAUACUUGGUUGCGGUUAUCACCUUCACUUAAGGAGAAAUCAGUUCUGAGAUUGGAUGCUUCGAGCAUUUCUGCCGGGCUUGCUCAAGAACUUCAAAGGUUUAAAAUACAGAAUAUGUCCGAAACCGAUGGCAGGGUGGAUUUCUUUGACGAGAUGAAACACAGGUUUCUGAGUUUCAAGAAGCAAAAGUAUUUGGGAGAAGUGGAGCAUUUCAAAACUCUUGCUGAAGUGCAAUCACCAAAGUUUAUGGUGAUUGCUUGCGUGGACUCUAGGGUAUGCCCCUCUAAUAUCCUUGGAUUUCAACCUGGAGAAGCUUUUAUGGUUCGAAAUGUUGCAAAUCUUGUUCCCCCUCUCGAGAAUGGACGGACAGAAACUAAUGCUGCCCUUGAAUUUGCUGUAAAAACUCUUCAAGUGCAAAAUAUAUUCGUCAUUGGCCAUAGUUGCUGUGCAGGAAUUCAAACGCUAAUGACCAUGCAAGAUGAUGAGAACUCCAGCUUCAUCGAGAAGUGGGUUGCUAAUGCAAAAGUUGCAAAGUUAAGAACGAAAGAAGCAAUUAACCUUAGCUUUGAUCAACAAUGCAAACAUUGUGAGAAGGAAUCAAUCAAUUGUUCACUACUAAACUUGCUAACAUAUCCGUGGAUUGAAGAAAGGGUGAGGAAAGGGACACUUUCUCUUCAAGGGGGAUACUAUGAUUUUUUGAGAUGCACGUUUGAGAUUUGGACCCUUGAUUUCAAAGAAAGCAAUGUUAGCCAUGGAAGCAAAAUAUCAGUGAAAGAUAAAGCGUUUUGGUGCUAGUUAUUCACAUAUUUUCGUCAUCCCACAGAGGCAUAGAUCGGGGAGUCUCUGCUGAUGUAUAUGAUCUGUGUGCUAUAUAACGGGAACCAGCAGUAAAUAUUGCUCCUCUACAGAUGUAAAUAAGUUGGCUGUUUAGAUGAAGAAUUGAUUUAAAUAAAAAAUAAGUCAUCUCUUUGGAGGAGGACUUGUUUUUAAAUAAAAAUAA